AUGAACUCCUCUUCUGAGCAUUGCAACAUAUCCGACUGGCUGAGGCUAGAGGCAACCGUGAAGGCCUCUGUGUAUGUGGUGGCUUUCUCAAUAGCUACAUCUAUGACCGUUGUCAUUAUCGCAAUAGUGUCACAGAGUCUGCAGCUGAGGAAAGAGGUGCGGCUGGUCCUCCUCUGCCAUCACCUGAUUUGUAUCUCCUCCUACUGUGGCCUGGGGGUUGUCUUCCAAGGAAUGAGGGCCUUGCAGGCCAACAGCCCCCUCCUGCUGUGCUGGCUGGUAUUUGGGGUGCAGCUAAGUGUGGGAGAAGGGAUCCUUCUUACUCUGACCUUGAUGGCUCUCCAUACUUACCUUGCUAUUUGUUACCCAUUGAGGUCUCCAUCCUUUGUGGAUUCUGCUAAGUAUAGAAUUCUAGCUGGGACUUGGACCACUGUUAUACUCAAGAAUGUUGGCUUAUUCCUCAUAGAGGGUACUAACCCUACACCGGCCUCUGUUUUCCAGUCUGCCCCGCUCUGUCCUGUAAUUUUGAAUGGCAAGCCUGCCAGAGUCAUUGGCAUGUUCUUCCUUGCCUUUCUUUUAUCUGUCAUUCUCUUGAGUUACUGUAUGAUAUACCGAGAAGGGAAGCGGGCUGGCCAUUUUAACAGGUCAAACAUUAAGGCCCGGAGAACUGUCCUUGUUCAUCUACUGCAGAUAAGCUUACAUGUGAUACCCACCCUGAUACUCAUAGGUUUGGGAAAGCGGUGUGGGGUGUUUUUCUUUGCUCUAAAUCUGGUACUUUUUGGUAUCUUCGCUUUUGCGCAGUGUUUCAACCCUCUGGUCUACGGGCUCAGCAACAGAGACCUGCAGAGCAAACUGUCCCCUUGGCUGUGCUGUCGGAAGAAGCUGCUGCCUUAA